CAAAUUGUGUUUUUUAAUUAUCAGGUUAUAACAUUCUAUAUCAUGCAUUUAUCUUUUUCUUCUCGGAGCUUGACGUUGUAAUUUGUCAAGAGAAUAUUCUUUUGAAUUUGUUCAUAAACAUCUACAAUAACAAAUACAGAAUGUCAUUAGAAGUUAGCCAUGUGUACUUAGCUGGCUGGAGUGCUUUGGUGGUUGGUCUGUCCCUUUCUACGUWUGGGAUGUUCUGGAGUUUUAUGUUUGUAGUAUAUGUCCUGGUUUUUUCUGUUGGGUUUUUAUGUGUUCUUGGGUAUCUUGGCUACAUCAAAUCAGUGGAAAGAAUAAGGAUAGCAGCUAAUACCAAUWUAGACCUUCCAGAGCAAGGCUUAGAGAAAAUAUUGAAAGAAGUUUGGGAAUCCUCUAGGAAAUCCUAUAAGAUGGAUAAACGACUUACAGGUUCAAGCAUAAUUGAUGAACCAUUACAAGAGGUUCUUCGAUAUUUUUUCCGUGACUAUGUUCAUAGCUGGUACUAUACCAUAAGUAAUGAUGAAGAAUUUUUGCAUGACUUGAGACAAACUCUCCAACGUGCACUGAUUGCUUUUGCAAACAGGUCAAAGGAUGUAGAGUGGGUUAAUUUCUUGACAACCCGUUUUGUUGAUGAUAUCACCAAUCACUUAAAGAUUUACAGAUUAGCAAAGGAAAGGCUGGAUAAGGCUAUAAAAACAGAAGGUGAUGAUACAUUGCAGAACAUUGAAACCUUGUUCUUUCAAGUGGAAUCAGAGAUGGAGGGAGGUAUCUGCAGAAAAAAGAUUUGUUUAUCUGGAAAUAGUGAAAAAGAAUAUUUGUGUGACAUUAGUGAAAUGCUACUUUACCUCUUGCUGCCACCCGAAGAUUUUCACAACAAGCCAUUUAGAUAUUUGUUUAGGGAGCUAAUAGCAACAAACGUUCUCUUACCAUCUGUGAAGACAAUAUGUGAUCCUGAUUAUAUUAAUCAGACCUUGGUGUGGCUGUGCAAGGACUCAGCAUUUACAAGAGAGGCUUUUUUGACAGUGAUAAGUGAAGGCUUGUAUACCAUUGAAGAUGUUCAAGCUACCAAAGAUAAAGUGAAUGUAGAGAUUGCCAAGCUUAGAGCACAUGACUCUGAGACUUCAGAUGCUGCAGAUGCAGCUGUUCGUCAGCAGCUUAGCAGCCUUUUGUUUGUUCAGAAACUAUGUGAUGCAAAAAUAAAAUCAAUAGAAKGUGGCGAAGGAGAAUUACCUGAUGUACCAAUGACGAGCCAAGAGGAACCUGAGCAGUUACUUGUGCCAAGCCAACCAAUACCUAUACUACCUCUUCAAGUUAURCUUGACAACAAUACAGCACUAUCAUACUUCAUAGAAUUUAUUUCGAGCGUAAAUGGCCAGGUAUACCUUUACUUUUGGUUGGCUGUGGAGGGAUAUCGUGUGACAGCCGAACAACAGCUUUCAGUAAGGAUGGAAAAACAUCUUCACGAUAAAAAUACGCAGAAUAGCAGUUCUUCUUCUCCAACGGAAAAGGUGAUGACUGAACUAGCCAAUCUUCGUGCUGCAGCUAGAAGUAUAUUUGAUCAAUAUUUAUCUGACAAGGCUAACCCAAGAGUACAGCUUUCGAAAGAUCAACUCAAAAAGACGCAGAAACGUGUUGUUCAAGAGGAACCAUCAGCUGACUGUUUUGAUGAAGCACAAUUAAUGGUGUAUGAGCUGCUUGGACAAGACCAGUUUUAUGGUGCAUUUUUAAACAGUCAAGCAUAUAUGAGGUGUCUUUUAGACCUGGAUAUCUUGAAGGAGAAAUCAGAGGAUGGUGAUGGARGCUCUGCAAAUGAUGAGGACUUUGAAACAAGAAGUAUAACAGAAAGCAUAUCAUCAGACUUACAAGAGGAUAUGGUGCAUAGCGAUAAACUUUGGACACCAGAUGAUGAUCUUCGUUUAACCGCAAGUAUUGAUCAAAUCGGUAUGUGCAAAGAUGCGGGCAAGUCUUAUGCUGUCUAUGUUAUUUCUGUGUUUCGUGCCACUCAAGAUGGGACAAACUCUUGGUCAGUCUAUCGAAGAUACAGUGACUUUGAUGAUCUUCAUAUGCGAAUCAAAGACAAGUUUGGGACUAUAACGGAACUACUUCUUCCUGGUAAACGAACUUUUCGUAACAUGGACAAGGACUUUCUGGAGAAGCGACGUGCUGCGCUCGAUGCUUACAUACAGGCAAUACUGUCGACAAAUCUUUUGGAAAGUUAUCCUGGUUUAUUCGAGAUUGUUGCUAAUUUUUUGGAAAUUGGUAAAUACGCGCGUGAGAAAGGACAGUUCGCUCGAAAGGUGCACAACCUUCGUCACUCAGUACACAAUGUCUCGCAUGCCAUCAAGACAGUGCCGCUAGGAUUAUCAGGAGGAAUGCAAAAAAUGUUUACUAAUAAGCCUGGAGGAAGUCGAGAUGUCAAAGAUGAUUCCGAACAGAUUUAUGCCGACAUCGAUUUUGAGGAUGAUGAUAAUAUUGCUCUACGAGUGCUUUUGCUUCUUAUGGAUGAAAUUUUUGAUUUAAAAGACAGAAAUCUUUGGCUGCGUAGACGUAUUAUUGUAUUUCUAAGGCAGAUCAUAAAGACAACGUAUGGAGAUCGUAUAAACAGAAAAAUAGUUGAAUCUGUAGAUGAGAUGACAUCAUCUGGACAGAUAGCAGAAUACGUCAAAAUGUUCAGGGAUUCAUUUUGGCCUGGAGGAGUUUUGGCUGAACCUCGUCAAGAAAGAAAACCAGACGUAAAAAUGAGAACAAGGGUUGCUAGCAAAACGAAAAUGUUUGGUUCUAUUCCAGAGGAACUUAGGAGAUUUCUUGGUUCAGAUGUAACAAUGGAUGGUGUAUGCAGAGUUUUUGACACAUUUCAGUACGCAAGCUUCAACAAAAGGAUAGUUUAUGUACUUGCUGAGGGAAUAUUAGAACAGCUUUUCCCAGACAACAAAUUUUCUGAAAUUUUCAGAAAAAUUCAUGCUAGGGUCUCAUAGUACUAUAUAUCUGACACAGUUUCUCCUUGACCUUGGCUCACCAGUUAUACAAUUUCCCCCCCAAUACCUAAGUGCGUACGAUCAAGUGAAAUGAUUGCCAUUCUUGUCAAUAUAUUUACCUGUCAACAUGCACUGCAGGGUUCGUGCAGGUCUUUGAAGCCCUUGAAAUGCCCUUGCAUUUAUGAUACAAAUUAAAGGGCAUUCUUGAAAAAAAAAACAUUGAAAAGUCCUUGAAUACUCCUUAAGAGAUACUCUGUCAAUAGUGUGAGGUUUGAAAUCAAAAUAACAAAAUACAUUGAUGAGACAUCAUUAAUGCAGAAAUUUUGGUUAUUUUCAUCCUGAAAUACUCCUUGAAAUUAUUUGAAGUACUUUCUUAAUAUAAAAACAAGAAAAAAAUUAUUUGAUAUUUUCUAAUGAGAUUGAGCAAUAAAGUAUGAUCAUUAUUUUAUUAUGUACAACAUAUUAUUAUGACUUUAUUAGUUUUUCUAAAACUCAUGAAUAAUUCAGAAGCCUUUGAUAUCGUUUUACUGAUACAGCCACCAUCUUGAAUUAUAUUGUUUUAGGUAAGAGAUUAUGGGAUGCUGAGGGGCAACUAUGGGAAAAUGUAUAGACGCCACAGCUGUCAGGAUGUCUUUUUAUAUAACUUUAUGCUUUUCAAUGAAAAGCACUUCAAAAAAGCAAUUGAAUUUGCUGGUAGUUGAAAUAAUGCAAAACUUAAUUUAUUUGAAAAUGUAACCUUGGCAUCCCAUAUCAUGCAACCAUAUCAGUAAAAAGGUCUAUUGGAGCCUGCAUGUCACAUGCAUGGACUUUUGUAGUUGCUAAAGUCUUCUUCAUUAGUAUAAAGAUUUUAUCCCUAUCAGCAUUUUUUUAGUAUUCAUGUAAAAAAUACUUAUGAGGAUGACUUCAAUAGAGAUAAAGUUGCAUCAAAGUUUAGAUGAAGACAGGCUAAGAUUAAAGGUCGAACUUCACAUGAGCCGAACCUAAUGACUUCAAAGAAAACUGCCUUGUUAUCCAUUGUUUUAAUUAGGUUUGGCUCAUGUGAAUUUCSAUGUUUGACCUGAACCCUAGAUGUUGUCUUCAACUUGUGGAUUGCAGUCACRUACAAACCUCACUGAGCACAACAUUGAUGUAUAAACUUCUAUUAUAAAAUUACUGUUCUAAA